UACGGAAGCCGAGGCGGACGGUCAGAAUCCGGAAGAAAAACAACCCGGAGAGAGCAAGACCAGCCUCUAGAGGGGCUUCCCUGGCUGGGAUCUGCUGGGGAAAGGAGACGCGAGCCCGCCGGGUCAUAGCGUGGGGAUGGCGGCCUUGAACCUGCGGAAGAUGCCUGGGAAGAAAAGAGAGAAGCUUAGUGUACAUGUUGUGACGUGGAAUGUAGCCUCAGCAGCACCCCCUCUAGACCUCAGUGACCUGCUUCAGCUGAACAAACAAGAUAUGAAUCUGGACAUAUAUAUUAUUGGUUUGCAGGAAAUGAACUCUGGGAUCAUAAGCCGCCUUUCUGACACUGCCUUUGAAGACCCAUGGAGCAGUUUCUUCAUGGAUGUACUUUCCCCUCUCAACUUCAUUAAGAUCUCCUAUGUCCGCAUGCAGGGACUCCUCUUACUGGUGUUUGCCAAGUAUCAACAUUUGCCCUACAUCCAGAUCCUCUCUACAAAAACCACUCCUACUGGCUUUUACGGGUACUGGGGGAACAAAGGGGGAGUCAUCAUCUGCCUGAAACUGUAUGGCUACUAUGUCAGCAUCAUCAACUGCCACCUGCCUCCCCAUGUGGCCAACAAUGACCAGCGACUGGAGCACUUUGACCGGAUCCUAGAGAUGCAGAAUUUUGAGGGACAUAAAAUCCCCAACAUCCUGGACCAUGACCUCAUUCUCUGGUUCGGAGACAUGAACUUCCGGAUCGAGGAUUUUGGGUUGCACUUUGUUCGGCAAUCCAUAAAAAAUCAGUGCUACAGUGACCUGUGGGAGAAAGAGCAGCUCACCAUUGCCAAGAAACAUGACCCGCUGCUCAGGGAGUUCCAGGAGGGCCCUCUGCUCUUCCCACCCACCUACAAGUUUGAUAGGAACUCCAACAACUAUGACACCAGUGAGAAAAGACGCAAGCCUGCAUGGACUGACCGCAUUCUGUGGAGGCUGAAACGGCAACCCCAGACCAGACCCUUUACCCCCAAUGUGCCAGUCACUCACUUCUCCCUAUCUCUGAAGAGCUACAUCAGCCACAUGAUGUACAGCAUCAGUGACCAUAAGCCUGUCACUGGCACCUUUGACUUAGAGCUGAAACCGUUGAUGACUGUCCCACUGAUCACCAUGAUGCCUGAUGGCUUGUGCACCAUGGAGAACGACAUGUUGGUCAGCUACUCCUCAACCCCCAACUUCCACAGCAGCUCCUGGGACUGGAUUGGACUAUAUAAGGUGGGGAUGCGCCAUGUUAAUGACUACGUGUCCUAUGUCUGGGCCAGGGACAACCAGAUCUCCUUCAGUGACAACCUCAACCAGGUGUACAUGAACAUCAGCAAUAUCCCUGAGACUGAGGAUCAGUUUCUUCUCUGUUAUUAUAGCAACAAUCUGAAUUCUGUGGUGGGGAUAAGCAAACCCUUCAAGAUUCCACUUCGCUUCUUUUUGAAGGAGGAGGAACCGUUGGGUGAGACCCAGCAAGUUCUGAGCCAAGAUGGGAGUGAGUGAAUCCAGGGUGGAGGCUUGAGCUGGCAGCCAGCUCUGCCUUACCACUGCCAGGGGUGCUGUGAACCGGGCCCAACCCCUGAGCCUCAGCCAACCAAGUAUCCUCCACCUAUCCACCUCCCAAAGUGAGUUCUAGCCAGACUUGUUCUCUCCAGGCCAGAGCUCUAGUAUUAGCACUUAAAUACAGGUUUUUGUUGCUGAGAUGUGAGUGAAACCAACUAGUUUGUCAAUAGCAAAGACUUGGAGACAGUCCACCGGAUAGAAGAAGGAUCCUCCAGCCUGCAUCUCAUUUCUUGAUUUCCCACAAAUCCAGUCCCAUCCAAACAGACUUGCCAGGCACAUGCCCUAUCUGGCACAGACCUGCAUUCUUGUCACACCAUCUUGGGUCUCAGGUAGCCUGGGAGGAGGAGAUGCUUCCAUUUGUGCAGGCUCCAUAGAUUGGUUGGCAAAAGUAACAUUGAGUUUCAGAAGUCAUGACAUCUCAUAGCUUGUCCCUUUGGGAGAUGAUCAGAGGAUCUGGGAUCCCUGCUUUCAGUAGAAGAAGUAUGACUAAAUAGAGAGUAUGGAGGGUCCCCUCUACUCAGGCUCUUAUGUAGUGGUUGUAAAUGGGUCCAGUGAGGGUCCUCCUACCAGCACAAUCUACCCUCUGCAUGGUGGAGUCUGGCCCAGAAAACACCAGGGCUUGAACAGAGAGAAUUGUUAGACCCUAGGUUUGCUCCUGCAGGCGGGUUAGGCCCAUGGCCUCAUUUACCUUCUUAUGAAAGAUUGACAGGUGGCAAAGGAGCUGAAGCUACAGAUUUCCAGGGUGAUCCUUGACAGAUCAAGCUCAUCUUGUCAUGAGUCCUGAGCAAGAAAAUGCUUCUCUGUCUGGACCCUCUGGAAACUAGAAUUGGAAGCAGGCAGAGAGCUUCAAGGGAGAGCUGGGGUUGAGACAUUCUGUAGUCAAGGGAUGGUGGCUCAAGCCUGUAAUCACAGUGAAUUGGAAGCCCGAGGCAGGAGGAUUGUGAGUUCAGAGCUAGCCUCAGCAGC